AUGCAACAAACCGACUUAACGACUCAGACACCAUCACCUCCAAAGAGUUCUGAGGACAUCGAAAUGGACGUUUACAAUGUCGACGAUACUUACAAAGAUGAUAUACCCGAGCCGAUAUAUAAGAAGCAUCCCAACUGUUGUGAAAUAGCUUUGAUGCAACGAGCUCCCAAAUACAUUCGUAAAGGUCGCAAGGGGUCGUUGAAUGUCAAAGAGAUCGGACAGAUCCCUUCGACAUUAGACAUCGACAAGACAUACAUUCGAAUGUCAAAAGGGUGGGAGCGAGAAUUAGAAAAGCACCCGAAGAGUCCAUCUUUAUUGCGCACGCUCUUUCGAGUUGAGUGGAAACAUCUCCUUCUGUGUUAUGGGUGUCUUCUCUUUUCGCAGAUCACAACUUUAGUCAUUCCAAUAUUGAUCCAAUUUUUGGUGAGUUGGGUAUCACAAGAAGACCCUGAGGAGUACGUCGGAUACUGUUAUUUAAUAGGAAUAGCCAUCAUGCAAGUCUUUACUUCAUUUUGCUUUCAAUUGUCCAUUAAAUGGACCUUUGUGUUAUCAUUACGGCUCCGAAAUGGACUUAUCUCGAUGAUCUAUGCAAAGUCCUUAAAGUUGAAUUCCGCGUCUAUCGAAGAAACAGGGAAAUUAGUCAAUUUGAUGUCGAAUGAUUCGAUGUUGUUUGUGGAGCAAUUGCCUCAAGUGAUAACAGGAGCGACGGCGCCUAUACUCUUCUUUAUAGUCUGUAUCAUCUUAUUAGUGUUAGUGAUAUACUGGGCUCUUAUUCCAAUCGCUCUUUGUCUCGUCUGUGUUGCUAUUAAUAUAUUUGUCAGUCGGAUCAUCAGUCAUUUCUUCAGAAAGAGUCAAAUGUGUUCGGACAGACGACUUUCCUUCUUCUCUGAAAUAUUGCGGAACAUCAAAUUUAUUAAGUACAAUGCUUGGGAAGACCCUUUGAAGCAUCGACUGACUCAAUUGCGAAAUAAAGAGAUGUAUAGUAUGUUCGGGACAAUGUGUGGGCGGUCUACUGUCAUUACUUUAAUGCUGGAAUUGACCCCUUUAAUGGCCUUUAUAUUAUAUUUAGUCUUUAUAUUGAGGAAAGACAAAUUAGAAGUGGGGACUGUGUUCGCUACAAUCUGCUACUUCAACUGUAUUCGACUUCCUUUCAUGAACUUCGGCUACUUUGUUGCAGCCGCUUUGACCUUCAAAGUUUCUAUCAACAGACUUCAAACAUACUUCUUAACACCGGAAUUGGACCCACAAGAUAAUACUAAAACUGGACAAACGGAAUUUGCCAUUGACAUGGAGAGCGCCGAAUUCCAUUUUCCAAACAAUGAUGUCGCCUUUUCGACUGAAAAUUUGAAAAUCAAAAAAGGCGAGUUAGUUUGUGUGUUAGGGAGUGUUGGAUCUGGGAAGUCUUCCUUUUUGAUGUCCAUUUUAGGCGAGUUAGAACAGAAGAAAGGGACAACUAAGAUAUCUGGAGAUAUCACAUAUGCAAGUCAGACUGCUUGGUUAAUGAACACCACCGUCCGCGAGAACAUCAUCUUCUUAGACAAGUUUGAUCGAACUCGAUACAACAAAGCGUGCACCUGUUCGUGUUUAAAUCGUGACUUACAGAUCUUGCGAGGGGGCGAUUUAUAUGAAGUCGCGGAGAGAGGAGCUAACUUGUCGGGAGGACAACGACAACGAAUUUCAAUUGCAAGAGCUUUGUAUAACGCAAAGGAUAUUGUCAUCUUUGAUGAUCCAUUGAGUGCCGUCGACUUCCAAGUGGGCAGUUACAUCUUCGAGAAUGCAAUGGAAAAGCAUUUAGCCAAUACAACGCGUAUAAUAGUGACGAAUCAGACGUACUUCAUUGAUAAAGCUGAUCGAAUCAUCGUCAUCGAAGACAAGAAAAUUGCGUUCAAUGGGACGAUCGACGAGCUUCGCAAGAGUGAUUUAGCGGCGGCACAAGUCGUCAAAACAGUCUCCAAAAAGAAGGAAUCUGCAAAGAAAGAAGAGACUGAAACUGUCCCACAAGAUGUUGUAGCUGCAGAUGUCUCUGAAGAGAAGCGAGAAGUCGGGGGAGUGUCUUUACGAACGUAUUUGAGUUACUUCAAUUCGGGGAACUUCUUCUUGUUCUUCUUUACAUUGUUUUUCUUUGUGUUACGAUGUGGGUGUCGAGUAUGUUACAAUUGGUUCCUUACGAAGUGGACGAAUGCUAUUGAUGACAAUCACCCCCAAGGCGAUGAGUUCUACUUUUAUGCAAAUGCCAUUUCAAUAGGAGCUGCUAUUAUAGUGACUUUUCUGUCUAUGGUAGCUAUUUCAUUCUUUGGGUUGAGAGCGUCGAAUGGACUGCAUACCAAGAUGGUCAACAAUUUGUUUGGGACGGUCUUGUCCUUCUUCGACGUGACGCCAUUAGGACGACUUUUAAAUCACUUCUCGAGAGAUCUCAGAUUCAUCGACUUUAAUCUUCCAAUUCAAUAUGAAAUCUUCUUCGGACAAACAUGUGAUAUUAUUGCGGUGUUUGUAGUUAUCUGCACGUGCUCGUAUUAUCUUAUUAUAGUCGUUGUCGUAGUAUUAAUUGUCUUCUUGGCAUUCCACAAGUACUUUGUAAGGUCUUCCAUUGAAAUGCAAAGACUCGAAGGCAUAACACGGUCUCCAAUGUUCAUCCAUUUCGACCAGACGUUACUUGGUCUUGCCACAGUACGAACAUAUAAGGGACAAGAUUCAUUCUUACACUCAAUAAUACUUAAGAUGAAGAACAAUACACUCUCAUAUUAUACUCUACAAAUGGCUAAAAGUUGGUAUUCCCAGAGAUUGGAUUGGUUAGGUAUUAUCGUUUCUAUAAUAACUGUUUUGGUUAUUGUCAUCUUAAAGACGAAGAACCAAAUCGAGUCUGGAGUCGCCGGAGUAGCUUUGAUGAACGUUGCGACACUUGGUGGGUUCAUCUCGCGAUUUUCACAGAACAUCUUGGAGGUCGAUAUUACCAUGCAAGCCGUUGAGAGACUUCUCAGUCUGAAAGGUAUUCCAGUCGAGGAGACAAAAGAGAAGAAGGCGAAUUACUCGACACCACCAGACAACUGGCCAACGCAAGGUAAAAUAGAGUUGGAGAAUUACCAAUUUAGAUACCGAGAAGGUCUUCCCUUAGUCUUAAAAGGAGUCUCUGCUGUUAUUAAUGACAACGAAAAGAUCGGGAUAGUUGGUCGAACUGGGUCAGGGAAGUCCACCAUGAUGGCUGGGAUCUUUAGAAUUGAAGAACCUGCUGGUGGAUUAAUUAAAGUUGAUGGGAUAGAUACCACCACUGUGCCACUUAAGAUAUUAAGAAGUCGAAUGUGUAUAUUACCACAAGAAGCUACGAUGUUCUCCGGUGACAUACGAGAAAAUUUAGACCCGUUCCAUGUGAAAAGUGAUGAUGAAAUGAAGAAGGUAUUACAGAUGGUGAAUGUGGAGAAGGAUUUGAGCUACAAAGUGACUGAGAAUGGAGAGAAUUUCUCAUUGGGAGAGAGACAGAUGAUAUGUAUGGCAAGAGCGUUAUUGCGAGGUGCAAAGAUAUUGAUUAUGGAUGAAGCAACAGCAUCAAUUGAUAUCCAGACUGAUAUUAUGAUACAAGAAAUGGUCAGAAAGAAUUUCUGUAAGUGUACGGUGUUGACAAUAGCACAUAGACUCCAUACUAUUAUGGACUCUAAUAAAGCUAUGGUGUUCGAUGAUGGCCACUUGAUGGAGAUGGACACGCCAAUUAAUUUGAUCAACGACAAAACGACUAUUUUUAAUAACUUGGUGCAGCAAUCAGGGUGUCCUGAAGAGCUCACAAGACUCGCUAAAGGAGAAACUUCAAUUGCAGAGACAUUAAAGAACACUGAACAUAAGGAAGAAGGAGAUGAUGAUGAUGAUGACAAGAAUGGAGAAGAUGCAAAACAGGAGACUCCAAAUGGAACUUUCCAUUUGAACGCCACAGUCUCGAAAAGUCCAUUUGCAGAGCAACACGAACAAAGAUCCGAGUCGCCACUGAUUGAAAAGAAGGAGUCUUCUUCAGAAUAG